UCUAUUUUUUGCGAAAUGAAGUUACCAUUUUCGAUCUUCAUAGUGUGUCUCCUGAUCAAGUGCCUUGUGCAUCAUAUUGAUGGAGGACAAUCAGCUAGCAAAGCACUCGGAAUUAAACAAUUUGAACAUAUUUUUGCCAAUACUGAACCAACAGCGUCGAAAGAAGUGCAAGCGAAGGCAGUUGAUGAAUUGAUCAAACGAACAGUGCCCAAGCAUGCACAUCUGUUUAAAGUGAACAUUGACGCCCGUCUACCUUUGCAUACGUUUCACUUGUACAAAUCCACAGCCGAUAAAAUUGUGCGAAUAAAAGCUUCAUCUGGUGUGAUAGCGUGCAAGGCAUUUAACCAUUAUCUAAAAUUCUACUGUAACAGUCAUGUGUCUUGGGAUGGGUAUAGAAUACAAAUGCCAGAUAAACUGCCCGAUGUUAAUGUAACGGAAACAUCACCCAGCCGUUUUAUUUACUACCAGAAUGUGUGCUCAUUUUCGUAUAGUUUGACUUGGUGGCAAUGGAAAGAUUGGCAACGUCAUAUCGAUUGGAUUGCAAUGCAAGGCAUCACAUUAACAUUGGCGCCGACUCAGGAGAAGGUCUGGAGUGAUGUUUACACUGAACUGGGUCUAACAAAAGACGAAAUUAAUGAUUACUUCGUCGGUCCAUCGUUUGCUGCAUGGCAGCGUAUGGCGCAUAUAAAUGGUUUUGGUGGUCCAUUACCAGGCCGUUUUAUGUUAUGGUCGUCUUCACUGCAAAAGCAGGUGAUCUCAUCGUUCCGCAAUCUGGGAAUCGCCUUUGCUCUGCCAGCAUUUGCUGGUUAUGUGCCAAAAGCACUGAAACGAAUAUACCCGAAUGCAGAAUAUGUAAAAUGCAGAGGAAGAUGGCAUGAUUUUCCGGCUCAAUAUUCCUGCCCGUUAUUAAUCGAGUCCAAUGAUCCACUCUUCAAAAAAGUUGGCAAAUUAUUUUUAACAAAAAUUAUCAAAGAGUAUGGUGGCGGAAAUCACAUUUACUUUAGCGAUCCAUUCCAUGAAAUGAAUCUGCCCAAUAUGACGGUCGAAUAUAUUGCACAUGCGUCAAACAUGAUUUAUUCAACAAUGAAAGAAGUGGAUAAAAACGCUAUUUGGCUACUUCAAUCGUGGUUCUUUAGGUAUCCACAAUGGACAGAGGAUGCUGUAGAGGCAUUUUUAACGGCCGUUCCAAGGGGAAGAAUUUUGGUAUUGGAUUUAAAUGCCAAUCAUCAGCCACUGUGGCCAGUCACGAAGUCAUUCCAUGGUCAGCCUUUCAUUUGGUGUAUGCUGAGCAAUUUUGGCGGAAGACUUGGCAUGCAAGGCAAUCUAGAGAUUGUUAAUCAGGAGAUCGUCAACGUAAAACAAUUCCCGAAUUCAUCAAUGGUCGGCGUGGGAAUUACACCAGAAGGAAUCAAUCAAAACUAUAUCAUGUAUGAAUUUGCUUUGGAUCGAAGUUGGUACCAGGAUUCGACGGACAUUCCAAAAUGGAUUAAACAAUACACACUCAAUCGGUAUGGCAUCGAAAAUGAGCAUAUACGAAACGCUUGGAAUAUUCUCAAAGACACGGUUUAUACGUUCAAAAUAGAAUCGUAUCCUGCUAGAUACUUUUAUGUCGUCGGCUCUAGGCCAUCGAUGAAUAUUACGCAAUGGGCAUGGUACAAUUUAACACUGAUUGACGAUGUUCUUGAUGAAAUGUUAAAGACUCCACUCAACUUGAUCACUGGCAAUAAAUUAUUUAAAUACGAUCUUGUAGAUGUAACACGUCAAUUCCUUCAGAAUAAAAUUGAGCUGUUGUAUCCUCAGAUGAAGACAGCAUUUGCUGCUAAAGAUGUGAUAGCUUUGAAAAAAAUUCGCCAUACUUUCGAGUCAAUGCUGAUUGAUUUGGAUGACAUUUUGCAAACUGAUGAACAUUUCUUUCUUGGAAAUUGGAUUGAAAGCGCUAAAUCCAUUGGCGCCAAUCAACAGGAAAAGUUGUUAUUCGAAUACAAUGCACGCACUCAUAUCACAAUUUGGGGACCGAAUGGCGAAAUUUCCGAUUAUGCACAUAAGCAAUGGGCUGGAAUCGUACGUGACUAUAGUUUGCCCCGAUGGCAAUUGUUUUUUUCUGAGCUCGAAAAAAGUAUUGAGAAGAAGAAUGGCGAAUUCAGUGAUGACAUGUGCAAACAAAAAAUGUUCAAACAAAUCGAAGAACCAUUCACACUCGCCCAUAAAAUAUAUAGCACCAUGGCUAAUGGCGAUACCAUUGAAAUCUCCCGAAAAAUAUUACAGAAAUGGAAAGGAAUAUAAUAAAUAAAAAUGGUUUAUUGAAAAUCAGGCCAUUUUAUUGAAUUUUUGUCAA